AUGAAAAAAGCAAACUUUUUUAUUCGGAAAUUUAAUACAUAUAAUAUUCCUUCUAUUUCUAAUAAUACAAAAGUACACAAAAUAUACAGAGAAACAAUUAAGAAAAAUGAGGAUGAUUUACACAAAAUAUUUAAUAAAGAAUUAGUUGCAUAUCCAUAUGAUGAAGAUAGAUAUAAAAAGUUAUUAAAUAUUGAAGUAAGCAAGGAAAAAAGAAAUUUACGUGACUUUUUUUUUAAUUGUGAGAUGUAUAUUAAUGUAGAAAAUGAUAAAAUAAAAAAUAUCUCAUUAUCUGAUUUUAAUAUUGAAAAUGUAGAUAAAUAUUUUUUAUUUGAAAAAGAGUAUUUGCAUAAAUUUUUUUCUGAAGGAUUAGCAGGGGAACUGCAUAAGGACAUUUUAAUGCAUAACAGUGAUAAUGACAAUUAUGAAAUAUUUCUUAAUGAAUUGAAAGAAAAAAAUUUGUAUGACAAAAAUAAAAUAAAAAAUUUUGAAAGAAUGAAAGGAGUAGGCUUAUUAUAUAGAAAAUUAACUUAUGAAAUUAUAAAUGAAUUAAAAUAUUGUGAAGAAGGUUUUAAAUUAAAGGAACAAAGAGAUUCCUACAAUUUAGAUAAUUAUUUUUUACAAAAAAAUAGUUUUUCUCCAUAUUAUGAUAAAGAAAGUAUAAAUGAAAAUAAUUAUGAAUUAAAUGAAGAAAUGAAGAUUAAUUCUUCUACUACAAAUGCUACUAUUAAUAAUAUAAAUAGUUGCAAAGAUAGCAAUAAAAUAUAUUCUUAUAGAAAUAGGAGUAUCUUAAUAGAUGGAAAAAGAGGAACUGGAAAAAGUUGCAUCUUAAAUAGUGUGAUUUUGUGGGCUAAAUUAAAUAAUUGGUUUGUUAUAUUUAUACCAGAUAUAAAAAAAUAUAAAUUUGAUAUAAAUAAUAUUGUUCGUAGUAAUACAAAUUUAUAUAUUCAACCAGAAUUAAGUAGACAAUUCCUUGAAGAUAUAGUAAAAGUUAACGAAAAUUUUUUAAGAGAAAUAAAAGUAAAUAGAGAAAUUUUAUAUAACACUUGUUUAGAUGGGACACACUUAUUAUACAAUAAAAGAAUAUAUGAUGAUAUAAUUAAAAAAACUGUAGAUACAGAAAUAAAAGGAGAUGAAAAUUAUAAUAAUUUAAAUGAAAAAGAAAAAAAUAUGUUUAGACAAAAAUUAUAUAAAUUUUACUAUGAUAAUGUUAAAAUACCAAAUUUAUUAGAUAAAUUUUCUAUGCCUUCUAAUUUAUUAGAAUUGGCAACUAUAGGUAUAAAUAAUGCUGCAUAUUCAAAUCUAUGCGUUUAUGCUUUAUUUGAACACUUGAAAAAACAAACAAAAUUCCCUUUAUUAAUAGCAGUAGACCAGUUUAAUUACAAUUUAAGUGUUUCUGAAUAUUUAUCUAUAAAUUUUGAAAAUACAAAAUAUAAUGGUUAUAUACCUACAUAUUAUUUAACUAUACCAAAAUUAUUACUGCAAUGGGAUACCUCAAAGUAUAAAAGAUGCUUUAAAAUUGUUGCUACAUGUUGGGAUAGAGAAAAUAGAAGAGAUUUUAGACCUGAACUAUUAGGAAUACAAAAGAAAGAAGUCAAAACAGUUCGUAAUUUUACUUUAAGGGAGUUUAAAAAUUAUGUUAGUCAUUUAUUCAAUCAAAAUAUUAUUUAUAAUUUUGAUAUUAAUAAAUUAGAAUACUUCUACAUGUUAACAGGCGGAAAUGGCUUUCAGGCACGAAAACUUUUGACAACUCUAUACUGA